UGGAGGCUGCGUGCGCGGAUGUGCCCGCGUCCCCUGGGGAGAGGAGCGCGCGUGUCCCACCCUCCUGCCCCGUGGUGAGCCCGGCUGGUGCCCCGCGCCCAACAUGCUGAGCAGGGUGCCCGGUAUAAUAUUCUUGGAAGUACUUGAUAGUGUCUGUCACCUGUAUCAGAGCACCACAGUUCAAGUUUAGUCCUUUCUACGCACACUGCUCAGAACAUGGGGGAAAACGAUGAUGAAAAGCACAGCCACGGUGGCCAGAUAUUUGAAAACUUUGUACAAGCAUCAACAUGCAAAGGUACCAUUCAGGCCUUUAAUAUCCUCACCCGUCAACUUGAACUAGAUCCAUUGGACUACAGAAAUUUCUAUACUAAAUUGAAGUCAAAGGUAACCAGCUGGAAGGCCAAAGCUUUGUGGAACAAGCUUGAUAAAAGAGUAAGUCAUAAAGAAUAUAAGCGAGGAAGAUCUUGUAAGAACACUAAGUGUUUGAUUAUUGGAGGUGGUCCAUGUGGUUUGCGGACUGCCAUAGAACUUGCCUUUCUGGGAGCCAAGGUUGUAGUUGUGGAGAAGCGGGACACUUUCUCAAGAAACAAUGUACUGCAUCUCUGGCCUUUUACAAUCCAUGACCUCCGGGGUUUGGGGGCGAAAAAAUUUUAUGGAAAAUUCUGCGGAGGAUCUAUUGACCAUAUCAGUAUUCGACAGCUUCAGCUUAUCCUCUUCAAAGUUGCACUUAUGCUGGGAAUUGAAAUCCAUGUGAACGUAGAGUUUGCGAAAGUUCUGGAACCUCCUGAAGAUCAGGAAAACCAAAAGAUAGGUUGGCGGGCUGAAUUUCUCCCAAUGGAUCACCCUCUGUCAGCAUUUGAAUUUGAUGUUAUUAUUGGUGCAGAUGGUCGCAGGAACACUUUAGAAGGUUUUAGAAGGAAGGAGUUUCGUGGAAAGCUGGCUAUAGCUAUCACAGCCAACUUUAUCAACAGAAACACGACUGCAGAAGCCAAGGUAGAGGAAAUUAGUGGUGUUGCUUUCAUCUUCAAUCAAAAAUUCUUCCAGGACCUUAAAGAGGAAACGGGAAUUGACCUGGAGAAUAUUGUUUACUACAAAGAUAGCACUCACUAUUUUGUAAUGACCGCAAAAAAGCAGAGUCUUCUGGACAAAGGAGUGAUUAUCAAUGACUACAUUGAUACCGAGAUGCUUCUCUGUGGGGAAAACGUAAACCAGGACAAUCUGCUGUCUUAUGCAAGGGAAGCUGCAGACUUUGCAACCAAUUACCAGCUGCCUUCCUUGGAUUUUGCGAUUAAUCACUAUGGGCAGCCAGACGUGGCUAUGUUUGAUUUUACUUCCAUGUAUGCCUCUGAAAAUGCUGCACUAAUAAGAGAAAGGCACAGACAUCAGCUCUUAGUUGCCCUUGUUGGAGAUAGUUUACUUGAGCCCUUCUGGCCGAUGGGUACCGGCUGUGCAAGAGGCUUCCUAGCUGCUUUUGAUACAGCAUGGAUGGUGAAGAGCUGGGAUCAAGGAAAACCCCCACUAGAGAUCCUUGCUGAACGAGAGAGCAUUUAUCGACUAUUGCCCCAGACUACACCCGAAAAUAUCAACAAGAACUUUGACCAGUAUACCAUUGACCCAGGAACGCGCUAUCCCAACUUGAACUCCAGCUGUGUUCGACCUCAUCAGGUUAGACAUUUGUAUGUUACAAAUGAGCUACAACAAUGCCCUCUUGAAAGGGUCAGCUCUAUUAGAAGAUCAGUGAAUGUCUCAAGACAUGAAUCCGAUAUUCGACCUAAUAAGCUUUUAACCUGGUGUCAGAAACAGACAGAAGGCUACAAGAAUGUUCAUGUCACUGAUCUCACUACUUCUUGGAGGAGUGGCCUUGCGCUGUGUGCAAUUAUGCACCGCUUCAGACCUGACCUCAUUGACUUUGACUCUUUGAAUGAAGAAGAUGUUGUUGAAAACAACCAGCUGGUGUUUGACGUUGCUGAACGAGAGUUUGGAAUUCCUCCAGUCACCACUGGGAAAGAGAUGGCGUCUGCUGGAGAGCCUGAUAAACUCAGCAUGGUCAUGUACCUCUCAAAAUUCUAUGAGCUAUUUAGAGGAACCCCUCUGAGAGCAGUUGAUGCUGUGGAUAAGCAAAAUGGAGAAAAUAAUGACCUUUGCUCAGCAAAAUCAUCAAACUUCAUCUUUAAUAACUACAUCAAUUUAACGUUACCAAGGAAGCGAGUACCAAAAGUUGAAAGGAGAGAAGAAAAUGAUAUGAACAAAAGGCGUCGAAAGGGCCUCGGUGGCUUUGAAGAGGCUUCACGUUUUUCUAGUCGGGGUACGAAUUCUGGUAAAGAUCAGGGCGACAGAGAAGGAAUGAAUCAAAAUAAAGUAAAGUCAAUGGCAACGCAGCUGUUGGCAAAGUUUGAAGAAAAUGCCCCAAACACAUCUCUCCGGAGACAGGAGCUAGUAGAUAAACCAGCCCUGCUCUCUUCUUCUGAUCCUCCUGCUAAUCCUCGCUUUAUUAAGCCUAAGGAGCCAAGUCCUUCACCUCCACCAAAGAGUCAGUUUCAGGCAGUAGCUAGGACUGAACAUGUGGUCAGAGAGCCAAAGCAAUCUUUGCAUGGUUCUGAUCGUGUGGCCAGGGGAUCAAGAAUUGUAGAAAAAACAGACAUACAGUCCAGGCUUUCAGAAACUCUUGCAUCUACCUGUCCUGCUGCAUUUGUGAUUUCUGGAGUGCUUAAACGCCUUCAGCACGUGGAGGAAAAAAUUAAUCAGAAGAAAGCUCAGUCCGUAGCAAAUAGGGAAUUUCAUAAAAAGAACAUUAAAGAGAAAGCAGCUCAUCUUGCCUCAAUGUUUGGAUACGUGGACUUACCAAAGAAUAAACUACCUAUUAAAGGCGUAUCCUAUUAUCAGCCCCCAACUCCCUCUUGCCUUCCAGCUCAUGAUUCAGCUGCUACUUCAUCUUCAUCAUCUUUUCACUCAACUUCCCCUGCUGUUCAAUCUAGCAAGAUGACUGUAGGGAAGGUGUCACGUGGAAUAGGGGUUGUGGCUGAAGUCCUUGUCAAUCUCUAUGUGAAUGACCACAAGCCCAAGCCACAGUUUUCCUCCCCAGAACUGAACCAGUCAUUGGACACAGCUACAUCUUUCCCCACUUCCUAUUCCACUUCUCCAACUUUUGCUUCUACUGUUCAGAGUUGUCAGGGAUCUCUGCGAAAAGAAUUUCCUCAGACUAUAGGUGGCAGUGACAUCUGUUAUUUCUGCAAGAAACGGGUAUAUGUCAUGGAGCGCCUGAGUGCAGAGGGCCACUUCUUUCAUAGGGAAUGCUUUAAGUGUGAUGUAUGUUCUACAACGCUCCGCCUAACAAUCUAUGCAUUUGAUGUAGAAGAAGGUAAAUUUUACUGCAAACCUCAUUUUACACAAUGUAAAACAAGCAAUAAGCACAGGAAAAGACGAUCUACAUUAAAAACGCAAGAGAAAGUGGAAACAGAAAUGUGGAUGCAAGAGGAACCCAAGCACCCAGAAACCACAGAAAGUACUACUUCUACUGUUAGCAGUCCAGAGGACAGGCCCCAAGGUAUCAUGACUUCCUUCUUUAGGAAAACUCUAAGCUGGCCCCUUAGGGUGACGGGGGAUCUGCUUGACAUUCCAAGACGCCUGUCUAACUGGAUGCAUGGUUUUCUGCACGCUACCAAUCUUCAUUUAAGGGACAAUGCAUACAACUAUAUCUAUUUGUAUGAACUCUUGAGCCUUGGUGUGCCAUUCCUGUGUGCGCUGCUAGAGAAUGGGAGCAGUAGGACUAUAGUAAUGAAAGCUGCGGAGCCCUCUGUCUGUGAAAGUGUAUUGAUUUUAAGUAUGUUUUCAUGUCCUUUGCUUUUUUUAGACUACUACCUCAAUAUAGCAGAUGAACCUACCUCUCCUAAGAAGCCUAAGAAUGCCCCUGAGCACUAUGACUUUGAGAGCAGGUGUUCGGCCCUUUCCUCUGAUUGGACUUCUGUGAGAAUCAUCCCAGAGGAAGAAAUGACAGAGCACAACCUUCUGGCCAUUCGAGUCAUGGUAACCAGUGAUGGGAGCAGUUCAGAGCUGGAAUCUGAUUUUUAUGGUGACUCAUUGAAUUCUGAAAUUAGUGAAGGACAGAUCUCAUUGCCGGAGCAUGUGUCCCAUACAAACCCCAUAAGAAAGCAUGCAUUGCUGACCACCAGUUCUGUGAAGGAAGAAGAGUGCUGUGAAAAGUCCAAAGCUGCUGAUGCACUACAAAGAGCCAAUAGUUUCCACUCCUCUACACUGAAUAAAUACCAGAAUUGGAGAAGAAAAAUUCAGUCUAAUUUCCCUCUACUGUACAGCAAGAGAAUUGGGCUUCAUUCACAGGAGACCUCUACCAGAUCUCAGUGUGCUCUUGAAGAUUGUGUAUCCCAAUCACAGUUGACAUCUCACAGCAAACCACCAGAAAUUGCAAGAGGACUUUUCAAACCCUACAUCCCAGUGUUGCAAAGAAAGGCAAAAGCCAAAGAAACACCUGAAGAAAUCCACCGAUAUGUGCCCCAUCACCCACUUCAGAACAGUACUACUGGAUCUCCAUUGAUGCAUUCUGGAAAUGUUACUUCAGUGGCUAAUGUAUAUAAGCAUAGAGAUGAAAAUGGUAACAAUGAGGAAUAUAAUGUAGGUAACUUGAAUGAGAGUGAAGAAUGUACCACCAGAACAGGGGCCUUCAACAGAAAAAAUAUAGAUUUGUCCUCUCUAGACACAGAAAAAAAAGAUGAAAGAAAUCCAAGACAGCUGAAAGAACAGCCUGACCUAGAAAUAAAUGAAAUAAAAAAACAGAUAAGGAACAAAUUAAUGCUUGGUGCAGAGCAGCAAUCCAAAUUACUUGAUUUGAACAAUGCAGAUCUAGGUGGAACAAAACCAGAACAUCAAAGCCAAAGAAUGCUGGAAAUUUCAGAAUGGAAGGAUGUUGAUGGUAAUAGGGGAAAAAACAUAUUCAAGCAAUCCAGUCUUUCUGUGCCUCUUCCAUUUGCAAAUGAUGCUUUGCCAACUUUGUCAGCAGACACAAAAGAUAUUCCAAAGAGUCCAGACAGUUCUGUAGAAGCACAUCUGUCUAGCCAACCAAAAUCACCAUUGAAACUAAUUGCCAAUGCAAUAAAGAGAUCCAUUCUAGAACCUCUUGUGUCUCAUCCAGAAAGCAUAAAAAAGAACCCAGACAGUAAAGCCAACCCUACUUCAGAACACACCUUUUUCAAUUCCCCUAAUACCUUUGGCCGCUCUGUACGUUUAAAGAACAGUAACGGUAAUAGAGAACAUGACGUACAACCACAAGAAUCUAAUGGACUGGAAACUAGAAGCUCAGUCACAAACCCACCUAGUCUUUCCUGUAGUCUUGAAGAGAAAUCUUCAUGUGAUUCCACAGAGGUAUUGCUUCCGGUUUACAGUUUGCACACAGGUCCUUCCAAAGCUGCUGUUAAGCCUGAAAAUUCAUCUGGUGCAAAGACGGAGGAUGUACCCAGACUCCUAGAAAACUUUACUCUCAAAGAAACUCCACUGAGGGCUUCCACUGAUGACUUAUGUAUCUGUAACCAGAAGAACCUUCCUUUUUCAUCUCUAAGUCUCAAGAACAAAACUUCCGAGGACAUCCUUGGAGAUCCUGCACAAAUGAAUAUUUGCUCGCUCUUUAGUAACUUGAGGAAUAAAGUCAAUGAAAGGGAAAAGAACGAUUCCUUAAAAUCAUCUAUGUCCUUCAUUAACAACUUUUCCCCAGAAGAAGUGCUAAAUAAUCCUUCCACUGAUGAGGACUCAGGCUCUGAACACCUAUCUGUCAAAAAACAAGUGACUACAUGUUGUUGUUCUUCCUCUGAUGGUGAAUUUGAACACAAGCCUUCAAUAGCACUCAAGGCAAAAAGGACCCUUAGAAGAAGGAGAAAACUAGAAAAGGAAACAAAGCAACUGGUUAAACAAGAGGAGCUGAAAAGACUCCAUAAAGCCCAGGCUAUCCAGCGCCAACUGGAAGAAGUGGAGGAAAGACAGAGGGCCCUAGAGAUAAAUGGUGUUAAACUGGAGAGGGAACUGCGAGGAGAAUCAGAUUCAGGCACACAGGAUGAAACUCAGCUGUUACAUGAAUGGUUUGAGCUGGUCCUGGAGAAGAAUAAAUUAGUGCGUUAUGAGUCUGAGCUCUUGAUCAUAGCCCAAGAACUAGAACUGGAGGAUCACCAAAGAAGAUUGGAGCAGAAACUGAGAGAGAAAAUGGCCAUUGAUGAUAGCCUAAAAGAUGAACGAGAACUGAACGAGGAACAUGAAAUUUUUACUGAGAUGAUGAAAGUGAUUGAAGAAAGGGACAAACUUGUAUCUUCUUUAGAAGAGCAGAGACUGAAGGAAAAGGCAGAAGAUCAGCACUUUGAAAGCUUUAUAUUAUCUAAGGGUUAUCAACUCACCAGGACUUAGCCACAUGCAAAUGUAUGGAACUUCAGCUAUAUUAACCAACAUGGAGACAGUCUUUUGGCAAAGAUCUGGCUGAAAUUGAAGGAAUCAUAUCAUUUUAGUAUCAAACACUUUUAAACAGGCUCCUUGCUUGCACAACAGUGUCUCUAGUUCCACGCAGAUAAUUACAGGAAGAAACAUCGCAAUCUCAUUGUCAGCAAAAAGGGCUAGUCAUCCUGUGAGAUGGAAAAGAACUGAAUUCACCUGUGUGAUGGACAGUGUGUGAAAAUUACACUGGAGCUGUCCAUUGUUUUCCUUUUCCCUGUAAUUCUAUUUUAAUUCUGAGAACAGAGUUCCUACAGACGUAACUACAUGAUCUGGUACUUUUGAAACAGCAACAUUUUCCAUUCAUUUGUCUGAAUCUGUGUGUAUUUUUUUUCUAUUUUGGCAUGGUUGAGCCACAAUGAACUGUAUUCAAGUGUCAAAAAUAAGCAUCACCAAUGUAAAAAUCAGGUUAGUGUUUAAAAUGUAUUUCUAAAGGAGUAGGGGAAGAGUCUUUAGAAUACUGACUACACAUGUUGUAAAUAACAAGUGUAAAUGCAAGGUCAGGCAAAUUUAAUUAUCAGGUGUAUUUGCAAGCUUGAGUGCACUGUAUGUAUUGAAUGAGGACUUAAUACAAUAUUAAAACCUUACAUUAUGUAAAACUGUAACUUAAUACCAAAGGGAUUACUAUUCUUAACAAAAUGUUGUAGAGUCAGAAGACCUUUUGUCUGUAGCUGACCAAAGUAAUCAUUGAAAUAUGCUCGAAGAACAUUUUAAAAAAAUUGAUUAACAUGUAUAUGGUAGAUUUUGCAAUAUGCAUUCUUCACAAAAGCAUGUACUGUAUCUCAGUUAUCACUAGUUAGAGACUUGGAACCGAAUAACAACAAAAACUGUGGCAAAAUUAUAUUCUGCAUUUUUAUGCUGAUAGUUGAUGGUUGCAUAUCAACCAUAUUUAAACUGCUGCUAAGAUGAAUGCAAAAAUAAGACUGUCAGAGCUAUACCUGUUGAAUGCAUUUUUUACUUUAAAAAAACAUAGAAAAGUGCCUUCUAGCUCUUCUCGCACAUGCAUAGACAUAGCAGUUGUGCAAAAGAUUUCCUUAGGCUAUGUUUUCAAUUUACUGUGAGCAGUCUUCUAAAUCUGAGAUGAUUUUGUAAUUUACAUUUGAUUGUUUCUCCCAGUUGUAUGUAUGAUAGUCUGAAAAUUCAGUAUAAGAGACAUGGAGAAACUGGAGGACUGUUUUUGAAUAUUGUUUUACCUCAUUUUCUGACUGGAAGGGUUUACUGUUCUCAUUACUAAAUGAAAGGUGCUUAAAUGCUGUUUCUGCCUACAGUUCAGCAAAGGCAAAAGAAACUCUUCUAAAUGUAAUUGUAAAACCAUUUAUAAUCUACCUUAGUUUUUGUUACACUGAAAUUUCUUAUAAUACAUCUUUUUAAAGAUAAAAUCCAGAUUUUAUCAUCAUCCAUGGAUUAUCAAUAUACCUCUGUAGAGGCUGAGAUAAGAAUACUAUUGUUCUACGGUAUUUAUCUAUUUAUAUUUAUUUGUAUAUGUAUCUGUUUACAGGAAAUACCAAUGUCUAAUAAUAUUUUACAUAGUUUGGUGAAUUCUGUCUGUGCUUUGGAUGGCAGCUAUAAGAUCUACAAUAAUAACAUGAUGGUAAAGCCAUGCAUAGUAGAGCAGAGGAUUAUAUCACUAAUGUAUACAAUAGGAACAAAAUAUAAAGUAAGACAUAAACAAUAUCGUCAGAUAUUACACAUAGGAAUACAUUUCUAACAUGAUGCACAGGGAUUUAGUUACAUUACUUCCAUUAAUCAGUGGGAGAGGCAUAGCAGAAUCCCUGUGUACAUUCAGAAUCUAUCCUCUAGCAUCUUUAUCGGUUAUAUGCUUGUAUCUGUUAUAUGCCCGAUCUUUAUGAGUUAUCUUCUUAAAUUGUCUCUCUUGUUUAAGGUGGACUCAGUGGUAUUUACUAUUGAAGAUGAACUACAUAUAUAGUGAAGACCAAAAUUAAAUAAAUCCCAGGUUUCAGUGCAGACUUGCCUGUGUUUUGAAUGCGGGAGGCAUUCAGCACAGAAAUAAACAUUUUUAAAGUUAUUUUUUCUCCUUUGAAAUCCAUUGGCACGUCCUGCUUUGCCAAGGAUUUCCUAGAUUCUUUUUUUAUGCAACUCAAUGAAGUCACAGAAUGAUGCAUUCUGGGAAAUCUGUAGCCUACCAGGAGGGGGCCAUAACUUCACAGGAGUUUUAAAAAGUUAUAGCAUGUUACUUAUCUCUGUGCCUUGCAUUGGAGAAAUUCAUCUCCAAAAUCCAGAAUUACAUCAAUCUUCAGUUUUGUUUUGCAGUUCACCUUAUGAAAAAGAGGCCAUUCGUUUUAAUUUGUGUUACUGCCACACAGAGAAAAGGAGGGUAGAGAAAAGGGAUAAGGAGUGUAGAAAUAUACAGUAUAUAUAUGUCUUGUUGUCAGGACCAGCCCCAAGCUUUUUGCUGGCCCAAGCAGCGAAGGGAAAAAAAAGAAAAACCCAAUUGAGCUGCCGCCGAAGUGCUGCUGAAGAGGAAGAGAUGGAGUGAAGAGACCUGCCGCUGAAUUGCCGCCAAAGACCCGGACGUGCCACCCCAAUAACGGACGAAGUGCCGCCCCUUUCUAUUGGCUGCCCCAGGCACCUGCUUCCUUCGCUGGUGUCUGGAGCUGGCCCUGCUUGUUGUGAUGAGGACAUUGCAAUCCUCCUUUCACAAAGUGUAACUUCCUCAUCCAAAGUAGGAUGCAUGAAUUACAAGUAAUCAGGUCAGUUCUAAUUUAUACACAGAUCCUGGAACUUCAGUUUACAACAGAUGUGCUUUCCAACAGCAGAGCAGGCAACACACAGGUCUAGAAAUGUACUAGGUGCUACACUUUCCUUUUCGCUCUGAAGAACUAGGUUUUGAGGGUAUUUGAGACAACAGGACUUGAGGGCACUCUGCAUCUUACAGGGUAAGGUCCAUAAAAGGAAUAGUCAGCAUUUUUCUGUAUGCUGACUUAGUUGUAAUAUGCAUGGUGCACAAAUCCCCUCUAAAUAGCUGGUCUCCUGUGAUUAAUUGUAAUCCCUCAAAUGCAGGGGGGAUGCUCCUGCCUGGUGCUAUUCCCCCACUGAACCAGAGUACCUCACAAGAUCAGAUCUAAAAUAUUUGCUGGAGAUGUUUUAGUAAAGAGUGAAGAACAUAAAAAGUCUUCACAGAAGUGUAGGGGUUGGGAGGAAAGAGAAUCCACAUGCACUGAUCAUAGGCCAACAUGAUAUGUUUAGCUCAAACUCCAGAAAUACAUUAAACACAAAGGUUCAUGUUUAAUUAUAAAUGUUCUUUCCCAUUACUCUGCCUUUCCUGUAAAUUGGAUCACUAGCUUAUAAGGGAUUUAUUGACUUUAAAUCUUUGGCACUGUUAUUGCUGAGUAAAAUGUGAUGUGAUGGACCAUAUGCCUAUGUCUAAAUUUACUACAUGUGAGCAAUUUUGUAUUUGAAAAAUUAAAAUUGUUUCACUCUUUAA